CUUCAGUUUCCUUAUUGGUACCGUGACAUCAUCUGUACCCUGGAAAUUCCACUCGCCCUUCUGUGCCCUCACCUCUGUUCCGCGCCUCGGAGUUCCUAUAAAGAGGGGCUCCCAACUCAGUAUCAGCACAGAGCACAGAAGGGUUCUGAAGCUUCUGCAGUCUAAGCUCCGGGCACGUCUCUCCUCCACCAAGACCAUGAAGCUGUGUGUGACUGUCCUCUCCCUCCUCAUGCUCAUGGCUGCUUUCUGCUCUCCGGCACUCUCAGCACCAAUGGGCUCAGACCCUCCCACCGCCUGCUGCUUCUCUUACACCCUGCGGAAGCUUCCUCGCAACUUUGUGAUCGAUUAUUACGAGACCAGCAGCCUCUGCUCCCAGCCAGCCGUGGUAUUCCAAACCAAAAAGGGCAGGCAGGUCUGCGCCAACCCCAGUGAUCCCUGGGUGCAGGAGUACAUGGAUGACCUCGAACUGAACUGAGCUGCUCUGAGCCCGGGGCAGGUGUUCUGCGGGAAAAGUCAUCUGAGCCUGAUGCUUCUCAACGAGACGCACCCUCUCUACGCUCACGACUCCUCUCAGUAGUCCCUGUUCCUUCUCUUAAUUUAAUCUUCAUUAUGUACUGUGUUAUUAUUGUAUUUGGUGGUGUUUCCCAGUAUUUACGUUUGUUUUGCCAAAGGACACAUGUCCCCCAUGGGGAUGGUCCACCAUCACCGUUCCUCUGCUAUUGCAGAUGCGUGGAUAAUGCAAUUGAUUCCAAGUGUUUUUCAUAAUAAAA